AUGAUCAGCAAUAACGCCACCAUUGAAGCAUCUUCGGAGCAUGAUAACAAACUUAAGCUUGCUGUUUGGAACGCUCGGUCCAUACGUAAUAAAUGUACACAGUUUUCUGAUUAUGUUACUGAUCAGGCUCUUGACAUUGUUUCAAUAACAGAAACAUGGCUACAUCUAGACGACGAUUCUGUUAUUGCAUUAUGUAAACCUGAAGGUUAUACUUUUAAUAGUUUUCCGCGUGAGGGUAGGCGUGGCGGUGGUGUUGGAAUCUUAUCAAGGUUACCAAUGAGAAGUAGUAAAAUUGGUGGCUUUAUUUCAUUUGAGGCCUGUGAGACCGUGAUAAGAUGUCCUUUUAAAUCGUUUUGUAUCAUUACCAUAUAUAGGCCCCCUACAAGCAGUGGAAUCAGUACCACAUCACAGUUUUUUGAUGAGUUUAGUACACUCCUUGAACAGUAUUCAUUAAUAGAUAACCUUCUUAUAACAGGUGAUUUCAAUCUCCAUAUUGACAAAUCUGAUAAUCCUCAAACUAUUCAUUUUUUGGAUAUUCUAGACUCCACUAAUUUUGUCCAACUCAUUAAUAGUCCCACACACAGACUUGGUCACAUUCUGGAUCUUAUUGUGACAAAUAAUCCCAGUGUCAUUCUCAGUACGUCUGUACAUCAAAAUAAUUUGUCGGAUCAUUUCGUCUUACAGGUUGAUGUUGAUGUUUCCAAAUCAUCCGUCUUAAAAAAGGAAAUAAUUUUUCGUAGCUUCAAGGACAUCAAAUUGGAUGUUCUUAAGACCUCGUUAUUAUCUGCAUUCAGUACAUUCUUUAACAAUGGGUCUACUGCUGCCAAUGUCAAUUCUGUGGUAUGCAAUUACAACCUUCGUCUUCGUAUGUUAAGAGACAAGUUAGCUCCAGAGAAAAAGAAGACUAUUACAAUCAGGUCUAAAUCUCAGUGGUACACUGAUGAUUGCAGAGAUGCAAAAAGGAGGAGACGCAGACUUGAACGUAUGUGGCUCAAGUCUGGUAAAAAUGCAGACCACAUGAAUUAUAAACAGCAGUGCUCAGUAUAUUAUGAUAUAUUAGACGCAGCUAGGACAUCUUACAUCCACACUCAAAUUAAAGAGUGUGGCUCAGACCAGAGGCGUCUCUUCAAGUUGACCAAUAAGCUUCUUGGUAGAUGUGAUGAUGAGGAACUUCCAUCUGCAGUAAGUGAUAAGGAACUUGCACAGGAUUUUAAUACCUUUUUCUGUGAGAAAGUUCAGAAUUUAAGACAACCACUUCUGCAUUCACCGUCCUCCCUGGCUACUUCACUUCAAAUUGUUGUUUCUCAACAUGAAUAUUAA